AUGAGGCGGAAGGAGAAGAGGCUGCUGCAGUUCGCCGGGCUGCUCAUAGCGGCUCUUCUGUUCCUCCCAAACGUCGGGCUUUGGUCUUUGUACAGGGACCGAGUCUUCGACAACUCUCCGAGUACAGUGGACGGUCCGGGCGGCAUCUUUCGGAUACAGGGGUUGAACCAGAUGAGGAAGGUCGCUCAGGUGGGACUCGAUGGUGUGCGGCGGGUAGACUGGCAUGACUACGAAGCAAUGAGGAGAGAUGCUGCUCGCUCAGGUAACGGUGAACAGGGGAAGCCGUUCCCUCUGACAGAAUCUGACCGGGUCGACCAGGCCUACAGGGAGAAUGGCUUCAACAUUUACAUCAGUGACCGGAUCUCCCUCAACCGCUCCCUUCCUGACAUCCGCCAUGCAAACUGUAAACAGAAGCUGUAUGCAGAGAAGCUGCCCAACACCAGCAUCAUCAUCCCUUUCCAUAACGAAGGCUGGUCAUCGCUGUUAAGGACCGUCCACAGCGUGCUCAACCGUUCCCCUCCACAGCUUAUCGCAGAGGUCAUUCUGGUUGACGACUUCAGUGACAAAGAGCACCUAAAGGUGGCACUGGAGGAGUACAUGAAGCGGAUGCCGAAAGUCCGCAUCUUGAGGACCAAGAAGAGGGAGGGGCUGAUCAGGACUCGCCUGCUUGGAGCAGCUGCCGCUAAAGGAGAAGUCAUCACGUUCCUUGACUCCCACUGUGAGGCCAACGUCAACUGGCUGCCUCCACUGCUGGACCGAAUCGCCCAGAAUAGGAGGACCAUCGUGUGUCCGAUGAUCGACGUGAUCGACCACGACAACUUUGGCUAUGACACACAGGCGGGGGACGCCAUGCGAGGGGCAUUUGACUGGGAAAUGUAUUACAAACGAAUACCCAUCCCUCCAGAGCUGCAGGGGGACGACCCCAGUGAACCCUUCGAGUCACCAGUGAUGGCAGGUGGAUUGUUUGCUGUGGACAGGAAGUGGUUCUGGGAGCUGGGAGGAUAUGACACGGGUCUGGAGAUCUGGGGAGGAGAACAGUACGAGAUCUCCUUCAAGGUGUGGAUGUGUGGUGGGCGGAUGGAGGACAUCCCUUGCUCCAGGGUAGGACACAUCUAUAGGAAGUACGUCCCCUACAAGGUCCCUGGUGGGAUCAGCUUGGCAAAGAACCUAAAGCGCGUAGCUGAGGUGUGGAUGGACGAAUAUGCCGAAUACGUCUACCAGCGUCGGCCCGAGUACCGCCACCUGUCAGCAGGUGACAUGACAGCCCAGAAGGAGCUAAGGAACCGCCUGAAUUGCAAGAGCUUCAAAUGGUUUAUGAGCAAGGUGGCCUGGGAUUUGCCCAAACACUACCCAAUGGUGGAGCCUCCUGCUGCUGCAUGGGGAGAAAUCCGGAAUGUGGGUAGUGGGAUGUGUAUGGAGAUCAAACACUUUGUGUCAGGGAGCCCCAUCCGCCUAGAGAGCUGUGUUAAAGGGCGGGGCGAGGUGGCCUGGAGUCAUGGACAGGUGUUAACAUUUGGCUGGAGAGAGGAUAUCCGGGUAGGUGACCCCAUGCACACAAGGAAAGUCUGCUUCGAUGCCGUCUCUCACAACAGUCCCGUCACCCUGUAUGACUGUCAUGGCAUGAAGGGGAACCAGCUGUGGCGCUACAGAGAGGACAAAAGUCUGUACCAUCCUGUCAGUAACAGCUGUAUCGACAGCAGUCCGAGUGAGCGGCGAGUCUUCAUGAACACAUGCGACCCCUCCUCUCUCAGCCAACAGUGGCUGUUUGAGAGAAUCAAUGCCACCGUGCUGGAACACUUCAACCGGGGUGCCAACUGAGGCCACUGGAGAACUGAAUCAGGCGUCUUCCAAAGAAAAAGACAAUGAAACAAUGAUCACCUCUGAUCAGAGAAGAAUAGAAGCUACAAGUGAAUAAAGUGCCGCUUCAGAAACAUUCCUGGUGGUACAGCAGCAAUCCAGUGUGCUGGCUGAGAGCAGAAGAGCUGGUCGGAAAACAAUGCAGCACCCAGAGUACAAUCAUACAGCAUGAGCUUGUGAUGAUAAAGAAGGGUUGGAGAGGCACACUUAAACCUGAC